GGGAGGGAGGGAAAGGGAGAGUGAGAUGACCAGGAGAGGAAAGGCGAGGCGAGGAAAAGAGGGAUACAGUUUGAAGACUUCUUGUUUCUUGAGCUUCACAAGAACCAGUUACGAUGGCCUUCUUGUUGAUGUUCGUGACGCUUCUGCAUUUGGUCACGCUGGCCAUGGUGUUCAUCGCCACUAUGGAGAAGUCCUGGUGGACGUGGGAAAACGUGGAGCGAGCGGAUCUUUGGCACAAGUGCAUCUAUGACAACACCACGGACACCUUGAUGUGCGCCUCUGCUUCUGGGAACGAUUGGUUGCAGUCGGUGCAGGCGCUCAUGGUCCUAUCUGUGAUCUUCUCCUCCAUCUCCUUCAUCGUGUUCAUUUGCCAGCUCUUCACCACGUCGAGGAGGGGCCUCUUCUACUUCAGUGGGCUUUCCCAGAUCUUAGCAGGUCUGGCGACGUUUGCAGCAGUCCUGAUCUACACUUUCCAAAGAAAAGAGAUCCUACAGGAUCCUCGGGAGCUGAGUAAAGGCCAUUUCGGCUACUGCUUCAUCCUGGCCUGGGUGUGUGUCCCCCUGCUGCUCAGCAGUGGGGUUCUCUACGUCCACCUGCGCAAGAAAACACACACUGUAGCCUGAAGGAAUGAUAUGUCUCUUGGGAACGAGUCGGUUCUUUGAAUCGACUCUUUUAGGUGAACUUUGAGAGUCGACUCGCAUGUACGAGCUUUAGUUUUUUGUUGUUGUUGUUGUUGUUGUUCUGUAGAUGUAGGCAAUGCCAGUGUAUGUUAAUCAAAAUGCUUCCAUGAAAACAAUUUUUCAACAUCUGACCUGUUUGUUAGUGUGAAUGAUGGAGACGUGUAAUAUUAUGCAAUAUUUGGUUAAGUAAAAAGUAGAGUAGGAUUAGUCAUAUCUAGGCAAAGAAGGACAAUCACUGGUCAAAAUGUCAAACAUUGCACAGCUAAUUAAUAAAUAAAUAAAUAAAUAUAAAUCAAAAAAAUAAUAAUAAAGGCAACGAGCCGUUUGAGAGCCGAAAGAGUCGACUCUUAUUAGUGAGUCAGAUGUGAAUCAAAUGAUCAGACUCACUAAAAAGAGCCAGAAUUCUCAUCAUUAACCUAAAGGAUUUUCAUAACCAAAUAUUAAUUAAGCUUAGUCAGAGGUUAAAUUUUGCUUUAGGCAAACAAAAAAUCAACACUCAGUACACUCAGAGUGCAUUUGCUCCUCAUCCCGGAUCCUGUAGCUUCCAUUCGGCCCAAAUUACUGUUCCAUUUAAAAAAAUAAAAAUAAAAAUGGUGAAUUUCUUUAAGAAUAUUGUUUUAAAAAGUCACACAGUUUACCAUCUUCCCAUAGAUGGCGCUAUUGACCAGGCUGAAGUUUCUUAUUGGCUCUCUGUGAUUUGAUCAUUUGAAAUAAUUUUUUAAAAAUAUUUUAUUAUUAUAAGUAUUAUGACCAAAAAUAGAAAUGGCAGCAGACGUAUUAUUCUCACAAAAUAUUUACAUUUACGUUUGGUGCACAUUUAUGCACACUGGAAUAUCAAAAUCAUUGCAGAAGUAUUACCUGAACUUUAUUAUUAUUGUUGUUGUUGUUGUUGUUGUAACUGGACUGAAAUGCAUGAAAGUGUUUAAAAAUUGGCAAUAUACAAUAUAGAGCUUUGUGGCAUGUUUUUGAAUGUCAUUUUUAUUAAUAUAUUAAUACAUGUAUUAAUUGUUACAGUAUUACUUUUAAUAAGAGAAGUGUUCAUUAAUUGUACACUUGCACUUUUAUUUCUUUUCAUACUGUCAAUUUUCUUUCUUGAAAUAUUUUUAUAUAGAGUAUACUAUACAAUAUGCUAUUAUUAAAGGAUCUAAAAGCAUAAACUAUAUGAACAUUUUUGUUACAUGUGAUAUAGGGACAUCUGUAAAACCUAACACAUUAAAUGGUAUAAAUGACA